AUGCUUUCCUCAAGCGAUGCAUGGCAGACGAAUGAUCGCAGUACUGUUGAUCGCGAUAGUCUGGAGAGAGAACAAUCACCAGCAUGCGAGGAGCGGAGAAGCUUCAACGAAGGGACUGAAGCUCGACUGACAGAAUUGGCAGCUCCCCAAGUCACACCCGAGCAGGAGACAGGAGAUGAUCUUGAAGACGAAGAGUCCCUCGCUAAGACAGACACAAAUGAGUCCAAUGCGCUCGCUGAAGUAGCAGCUCCGGAACCAGUCGCCCAUACGCAGCAUCAACCAGCCAAGGAUAACUCGGAAGAAGAGAAGCAUGGGGUCAGUCAUGCCAACCACGAGAAGAAAUCGAAGCCAUGGAUAGAAAUGGCAACGAUAGGGUGGCUUAUAUUCUUCUCAUUUCUUGGGACACUUGCACGACUAGGAGUCGAAGCCAUCGCCACAUAUCCGUAUGCUUUUGUACCUUCCACAGUGCUCUGGGCGAAUAUGGGUGGGUCUUUCUUGAUGGGCUUUCUCCUGGAAGAUCGCCGACUGUGGCAUUACUCUGCCGAUCCAGGUGUCCUCGGAGAGGAUCAAGACGAGAAUCGUCGUCACAUAGACAAGAGUAAAAAGACACUGCCGCUAUAUAUUGGUCUGACAACAGGGUUUUGCGGGAGUUUUACCUCUUUCAGCACGUUCAUUACUGAUGCCUUCCUGGCUCUGAGUAAUGACUUAGCUCCAGCGAGUCCUAUCUCGCCAUACCAUUCGAUAAGCGCCAAUUCCAUACAGUCCCGCAACGGCGGGUACUCGCUUAUGGCUUUGCUGGCUGUCCUCAUUGUUCAUACAGCAGUAUCGAUUGCCGCAUUAAAGACAGGGGCACACGUCGCAGUUGGCACAGAACAGGUCACACCAUCUCUACCAUCGCGAUUCAUUCAGAAGAUUUUGGAUCCCCUUGGGAUAGUUUUGGGUAUCGGUUGCUGGGUCGGUGCCGUCCUGCUAACAGUCUGGCCUAUUGAGCUGUAUUGGCGCCGAAGCGUAACGAUGGCCCUGGUAUUCGCUCCGUUAGGCGCUCUGUCACGUUUCUACAUCUCAAGGCAUUUGAACGCCCGCGUGCCACAAUUCCCGCUUGGUACCUUCGCGAUCAAUGUCUUCGGUGCUUGUGUGGAGGGAAUGUGCUUUGACUUACAGCACACUUCCCAUAUCAUCGGAAAUGUCACAUCUGGAUUUGCUGUGCCGUGUGCCGUACUUGAAGGAGUAAUGCAGGGGUAUUGCGGCUGCGCCACAACAGUAAGCACUUGGGUUGUUGAAUUGAACGCGCUUCGGCGAAGACAUGCAUGGCUCUAUGGGAUGGCCAGCGUCGGCGUGUCCUUGGGAUUCCAGAUCGCUAUCAUGGGAUCUGUAGCAUGGACAGCAGGAUUCGAUCAAAGCUGCAGCGCAUGA